AUAAUGUUCCUCUUCUCUCAACACUCAUUAAGCUACCAUGUCUAUCACGAUGGCACAAUCAUGCCUACUCUCUCAACAUUCACUCUUAUACACCAAAACCAAAUUUCCAAUUAUCUCAAAUUCUGUUAAGCCCUUCAAGCUACAAAACCCAUCAUCAUUUAACAAUAAUUCUUCAACAUUUUCGCGCUCUCUCCCUCUCACUAGUAGGAGAAAAACCCGCCAUUCUUCUUUUCUCACAUUUGCUGGUGAUGAAGGGAAUUCCGAGGAUCCAUAUAAAAGUUUGAAUGUCUUCAUUAGUAAUUUGCCUGAUGGUCUUAGGCUUGGGAAAUUGUCUAUGCUUUUUGAGGAGGUUGGGAUUGUAGAUGGUGCUUUGCUAAAUGCUGGUAAUGUUGAUGGAAAAAGUUUUGCAAGUGUAACUAUGAGUACAGUUGAAGAAGUUGAGAAGGCUAUCGAGAAAUUCAAUGGCUAUGUAUUAAAUGGAAAAUUGUUGACAGUUAGUAGGGAGAAACCAAAGCCUCGUCGUGCCUAUUAUAGGGCCCAUUUUUAUAUCAGCGUUAGCAACUUGCCGAAGGAUGUUGACAGUGGUCGCUUGAAGGAAAUUUUCAGCAAAUAUGGUCGGGUUUAUGAAGUUCGGAUUGACUAUAACGAACGGUUGGAUGAAUCAACUGGGUCUCUUAUAAUGAUCAAUGAGACUCAAAUGAAUAAUGCCAUUGCUGCUCUUGACGGUCAGAACUUGGACGGGAAGGUAAUCAGAUUGUUUGUUGAAACUUUAGAGACCAUGUAAUGAGUGCAUGAAAUUUUCACUUUCAAAUUUAAUCUGGUUCGGGGGUCAGUUCUGGUAUCAAGUGGUUCCAGUCCCCUCUCGAUUGUCGUUGCGGGGGAUCGAACCGUGGUCAUCCCUACCAGGUUCAGCGCCAAUCACCACUGAACCAACUAUCGAUCGGUUGAUUUUCUAAUUUCUGAUUGUAUUUAUUUGAGUAUCUCCCACUUGUUGAAUAUUAAAUUUCAGUAUAAAAAUCACUUUAGACUUAAAAGCUA